AUGUGCGGCUCUGGGGAGCCCCGCUGGGGCAGGGGGCCUUGUUCCCCCAGCCCCAUGCUCUUCCUGAGCCUACUUCUAUCUACAGCUCCUUUUGUCCUGCUGGGGGAGAAGACCCGCCAGGUGUCUUUGGAGGUCAUCCCUGGCUGGCUGGGUUCCCACCAGAAUUUGCUCCAUAUCCGGGCAGUGGGCACCAAUUCCACACUGCACUAUGUGUGGAGCAGCUUGGGGCCACCAGCAGUGUUGCUGGUGGCCACCAACACUCCCCACAGCUCCCUGAGUGUCAACUGGAGCCGCCUGCUAUCCCCUGAGCCUGAUGGGGGCUUGGUGGUACUCCCCAAGAACAGCAUCCAGUUUUCUUCUGCCCUCAUCUUUACCAGGCUGCUUGAGUUUGACAGCACCAACCUAUCUGAUGUGGCAGCAAAACUCCCAGGAAAGCCAUAUCCCCCUUACUCUUUGGCUGAAUUCUCCUGGAACAACAUCUCUGACUCCCUGGAUCCUGCCACCCUAAGUGCCACAUUUCGAGGUCAUCCCAUGUCCGACCCUACCAAGGCUUUUGUCAAUGGCAGCCUGGCCUUCAGGGUCCAGGCCUUUUCUGGAUCCGGUCGGCCAGUUCAGCCCCCUCGCCUUCUGCACACUGCAGACACCUGUCAACUGGAGAUGGCCUUGGUAGGGGCCUCUCCCCGAGGAAACCGCUCCUUGUUUGGGCUGGAGGUAGCCACCUUGAGCGAGGGACCUGACUGCCCCUCAGUGCUGGAGAAACACUCCAUUGAUGAUGAAUAUGCACCUGCUGUCUUUCAGUUGGACCAGCUGCUGUGGGGCUCCUUGCCAUCGGGCUUCAUGCAGUGGCGACCAGUGGCUUUCUCCCAGAAGCAGGGGGGCCGAGAAUCAGCUUUGUCCUGUCAAGCAUCUCCACUUCACCCCACCUUGUCAUACCCCCUCCCCCAGUCACCCAUUGUCCGGGCCUUCUUUGGACCCCAGAACUUCUGUGCCUUCAAUUUGACGUUUGGGGUUUCCACAGGCCCUGGCUACUGGGACCAACACUACCUCAGCUGGUCGAUGCUUCUGGGCGUGGGCUCCCCUCCAGUGGAUGCCUUGUCCCCACUAGUUCUGGGCAUAAUGGCAGUUGCUCUGGGCACUCCAGGGCUCAUGCUGCUAGGGGGAGGCCUGAUUCUACUUCUGCGCCACAAGCAGUCUUCAGAGUACCAGCCCAUAAAUUGA